CCUUGACAAAGCUUGCCCACCCUGGUCAUAGGUUUGGGAUCAGGACCGAAACUCAAAUCCUUGCAAUGGUCGGACUCAGAGGUUAACCCAGGUCCAAGUGCACGUCGUCGUCGUGUCCUUCUUGGAUCGAGAUACUUUGACCACCUGUCAAACUCCGCUUCUUGUUCCCAAAUGCAUCGGAACUGCUGGCAUGGGAAUGUUUCAUUGAGCCUGUAGAAGGGGCCGGACUGGCUCGCGAAGGCAGAGGAGGUUCGAGUGCCGCAGAUGGUAGAGCUCUGAGCUCUGAGAUGGCAGCCUUGCAGCUUGCUUCAUCGAAGCUGUGAAAGAGAGUGCCCUGGCCGUCGUCUGGAAAUCCUACGUUCAUUUCCCUGGUGUUGUUGAUGGUUUCGUUGGUCCCGAUUCUGCGCCCAAGCGAUCUUGACCAUGAAGAUCUCGUGUGUGGCAACGGAUCUUACUCUUCAGCACGUCGUUCCCCAAGAUCGAAUCGUUUUCCGGACGAAGACCGGUCGCACAUCAGCACGAGCGACACCUGUAUCAUGAACGACCUCGAACGAGAGCUCCUGCGUUGUUUCCUACCAGGUGCUGGCGUCGCCGUCUCGAACGUGGGCGCCGGGGACCCGCAGCAGGCGCUUGUUGUUCUCCCAGAUAAAUCGCGUGUCGUCGCCCAUUGUGGGGUGAAGACCAUCUUCAUGAAGCGUAGCGGAUCCUUGCGAUAGUUGAAUGGUGCUCCACAGCAGUCGAAUCACACCAUCCGCCCCAGUCAAUACUGGGAGAUACACAAAACACCGGUGUUGCUGCGCGAUGAAGACCUUGCGAGCAUAGAUCCCGAUCUGGCGUCGUGCUUCAAGCUCAAAGGCUUCCUUCAGCUCGACUUUCAUUGGGGCCCCCAUUUGUCGCUACUCUACUUUCGGUAGAUAUGCCGACUCCCGGGUGACCGAUCGACCGACAGCAAGAACGGCGAGAUCGGGCGCAGACUUGAUUUGGAUGUUCCUCCAACUACCGGGAGCCGAAAUCGGCAAGUUAUUGCAUCGGCUCUCGAAAAUGGGAUGUACGUGCCGCAUCGAGCGCCUGUCCGGGUUUCAGGUCGAGACUGGUAUCGUUUCCCGGAAAUGCGCCAAGAAUCGGACCAGAAGCUCGACCACCGGAGCGUACAGAUCUCUCUCCUGCUCCGCCUCGGUGGGAAUCCCCGUCCAGCUACAGUGGUCCCGAUCGUAGCCCACGUAGGUAUUCAGCCAAAUCUGUGCAGCGUGGCGGAGGUCGGGAUAGGAUUCAUCGACCAUCGACUCGAGAUGUUGGACAAAUUCCGGGUCUUCGAAGAAGUAGCCCUCGAGUUCCUGCAAGACUUCGGCUCAGACGCAUUGCGCCACCCAGUCCAAUGGCUCCGGUUCCUCGCUCACGAUGGGAGUUUGACGCUCUUACUAAGAAUAGAGACGGAAAUCCAUGGGCAAGUAGUGGAAAUAGUCCUGAGGAUGUCGUGAGGCUGACUCUGGCUCAACGGCUCACGAUAGACUGGACGGGUUUCAGGUCGUAUCCCUCAGAGCCAGCGUGUGGCCCGUAGCUCGGCCCACGCGUCGACAUCCAUCCCUCAAUGAAGCUUUGCUGUCUCUUCGUCCGUGUGUACCCUCAAGACCGCCAACAGAGUUCGCAGACAAGAACCAAAUCUGAUCAUGAUGUGGUCUGCAGCGUUGAUAGAAAGGACGAAAGUGUGACAGUGAUGUGACAGGACGCGCUUGUGACUCAUCAUCAAUCAUCCAUAGCGCGACUGCGUGGAUGGACUGAGCUCUGCUGCGACAAAUUGAAGGUCUUGACGAUCAUCAGAAUAAAUGGCCUU